AUGGGUUUACAAAGAGUUAGUGCAAGAUAUUCUGCUCUGGGAGUGAGAGUGCGAGGAUAAGCGGCACACACUCUCGGAGCGUCGCUCCAACGCUGGACGUUUUUUUUUUUAACGUAGGCUCAUCUUUCCCAAGAGGGAUCAACAGAGACGUUUUGUUGUUGCUGUUAAAAAUAAAUAUCCUCACCAUCUAUUUGUUUUUAUUUUUUAACCUUGUGGAGAUUUCUGAUGGAGCUCCGUGAAGUUAGAUCAUGACGGGACACGAGCGUCUCCUCUUGCGUUCACCGCGGCGGUACCUUCACCUUCACAGGUAACCGGGGAUAAACGGAGGAGGAACGAGUGGGAAAGAAGAGAAACGCCGGUUUCCUCGGGACGUGCAUUCAUUCCCCCCUCUCCUGGACCAGUUCUAAUGGAAAACAACAGAAAGCAGUGAGCACCUUGCUGUGUCUGCCGGAUCACCGCGCAGGUCGUUCAGUCGGUUCAGUCCUGAAGUUAAACUGGGAGGAAGGAACUGCGACACAAGCAAUGCAGCCUGAAUUUUACCCCAGUUUGUGCGCUCGGCAGCUCUCCCACCAAACCUGUUCCUCUGUCUGAUUACUCACGCGGGGCCAAUUUAUUUAUUUAUUUUUUGUUUUCCAAAGGCAGAUCAACGGAGAAGAAGGAUCUCGCUCCUCUCUUUUUUCCUCUCCUUCACCAGAAUAAACUCCCAUUCAUCAUCAGACACUGGAUGAGAAGACUAUGAGCUGACACACUCCAGUUUUGUCUUCUUUGCACCAUCGGAUUUGGGUGUGUUUGUGGAAGAUUCCUGCCAUCACAUGCAAGGAUUGACUGCCUGUAACAACAUUGCAUAGAGAGAAAACAUUGAGCUGUGAAGGCUGAAGACAGAUUAACAUUAUCAUGGAUCUAAAAGACUAUUACCUGUUGGGUGCUCUGCUUGCCUGCAUAUGGCUUGAUCCUUCAAUAGCCCAAGAACUUAUCUACCCCAUCAGGGAGGAAUUGCAAGAAAAUUUUCUCAUUGGAAAUAUACCAAAGGACCUUAACAUUACCCAUACAAAUGCUGCCACUGGAGCAAGUGCUAAUCUAGUGUACCGGCUUGUCUCCAAAGCGGGAGAUAACCCACUAGUGCGUGUGGUGAGCAACACUGGAGAGAUAUCCACAACAUCAAACCGAAUCGACAGAGAGAAGUUAUGCCCCGGCCCGUCGUUUGAGGACAGCGAAUGCUCCUUUGAAAUUGAAGUCGUCAUCCUGCCUAAUGAUUAUUUCAGGCUGAUUAAGAUCAAAAUAAUUGUCAGAGACACAAAUGAUAAUGCUCCCAUGUUCCCAUCCCCUGUGAUCAACAUCUCCAUCCCAGAGAACACCCUCAUUAACAGCCGCUUUGCUAUUCCUUCUGCCACUGACCCAGACACCGGCUCCAACAGUGUCCACAAAUACGAGCUGAUCAAUGGGCAAAGUGCCUUCGGCUUAGACAUUGUGGAGACGCCUGAGGGGGAGAAGUGGCCCCAGCUCAUUGUGCAGCAGAAUCUGGACAGAGAGCAGAAGGAUACGUAUGUGAUGAAGAUUAAAGUAGAGGAUGGUGGCAUCCCACAGAAAUCCAGUACAGCCAUCCUUCAGGUUACUGUCACAGAUGUCAAUGACAACAAGCCAGUGUUUAAAGAGAGUCAGAUAGAGGUCCAUAUACCAGAAAACUCUGCCACUGGCACGUCUGUUGUGCAGCUCCAAGCCACAGAUGCAGACAUAGGGGCAAAUGCAGAAAUACAUUAUGUGUUUGGGACUCAGGUGUCUCCUGCUACAAAAAGACUAUUUGCAUUAAACACAACAUCUGGCCUGAUUACAGUGCAGAAACCUCUAGACAGGGAGGAGACAGCUAUUCAUAAGCUCUCUGUUUUAGCCAGCGAUGGCAGCUCGAGUCCAGCCAGAGCUACUGUCACCAUAAAUGUUACUGAUGUCAACGACAAUCCACCCAAUAUUGACCUGAGAUACAUCAUCAGUCCCAUAAAUGGGACUGUUUUCCUCUCCGAGAAGGAUCCCAUCAACACCAAGAUAGCCCUCAUCACAGUGUCAGACAAAGACACUGACAUCAAUGGCAAGGUCAUUUGUUUCAUAGAGAAGGAUGUACCGUUCCACCUGAAAGCUGUGUAUGACAACCAGUAUCUGUUGGAAACAUCUGCACUGCUUGACUAUGAAGGAACAAAGGAAUACAACUUUAAAAUUGUUGCUUCAGACUCCGGAAAGCCAAGCUUGAAUCAGACAGCCUUGGUGAGAGUGAGACUGGAGGAUGAGAAUGAUAACCCACCUAUUUUUACACAGCCAGUCAUUGAGCUGGCGGUCAUGGAAAACAACAAACGGGACCUGUUCCUCACCACUCUAAGCGCCACAGACGAGGACAGUGGGAAGAAUGCAGAGAUAGUGUAUCAGCUAGGACCAAAUGCAUCGUUCUUUGAUCUGGACCGCAAAACUGGGGUCCUAACUGCAUCCAGGGUUUUCGACAGAGAGGAUCAAGAUAGGUUUCUCUUCACUGUAACGGCAAGAGAUAAUGGGACUCCCCCUUUGCAGACGCAAGCGGCUGUAAUUGUAACUGUGCUGGAUGAAAAUGAUAACAAUCCUAAGUUCACGCAUAACCACUUUCAGUUCUUUGUGUCAGAGAAUCUGCCUAAGUACAGCACUGUGGGGGUGAUUACAGUGACAGACUCAGAUGCAGGAGAAAAUGCUGCUGUUUCUCUUUCUAUCUGGAAUGACAAUGAAAAUUUUAUACUGGAUCCAUACUCUGGGGUGAUAAAAUCCAAUGUUUCAUUUGACAGGGAGCAACAGAGCUCCUAUACCUUUGACGUUAGAGCUGUGGACAGCGGCAGACCUCCUUGCUCCUCAGCUGCAAAGGUGACCAUCAAUGUCAUUGAUGUCAACGACAACACCCCCAUUGUCAUCUAUCCCCCCUCCAACACAUCGUUCAAACUCGUUCCCCUGUCUUCCAUCCCGGGAUCUGUGGUAGCAGAGGUGUUUGCAGUUGACGGAGACACAGGAAUGAACGCAGAACUGAAAUACACAAUUGUAAGUGGGAAUAACAAGGGUUUGUUCAGGAUUGACCCCGUCACUGGAAAUAUCACCCUGGAGGAAAAACCUGCAGUAAGUGACAUAGGCUUACACAGAUUAGUAGUCAAUAUAAGUGACCUGGGAUAUCCUAAAUCACUCCAUACGCUUGUACUGGUUUUUCUGUACGUCAAUGACACUGUGGCCAACUCAACACUUAUUUAUGAUCUCAUCCGACGUACGAUGGAGACCCCGAUAGACAGAAACAUUGGUGAAAGCAGUGAAACUUAUCAAAGUGGUGACUAUCUAACCAUAAUGAUAGCCUUUGUCACUGGCGCCUUAGUGGUGAUUAUUGUCAUCUUUGUGACUGUGCUGCUGCGAUGUCGCCACGCUUCCAGGUUCAAAGCUGCACAGAGGAAAAAACAGGGAGCUGAGUGGAUGUCACCCAACACCGAAAACAAGCAGAACAAGAAGAAAAAGCGCAAGAAAAGGAAGUCCCCCAAAAGCUCCUUGCUCAACUUUGUCACCAUCGAGGGGAACAAACCGGAUGAUCCUGCCCACGAGCCAAUCAACGGAACCAUCAGCCUGCCGACCGAACUGGAGGAGCAAGGGAUUGGACGAUUUGAUUGGAAUGCCACACCCACCACAACCUUCAAACCCAGCAGUCCAGACCUGGCUCGGCACUACAAGUCUGCCUCGCCGCAGUCGGCCUUCCAUCUCAAGGCUGACACACCUGUCUCAGUCAAGAAGCACCAUGUCAUUCAGGAACUCCCGUUGGAUAACACAUUUGUCGGGGGCUGUGACACCCUUUCCAAGAGAUCCUCCACAAGCUCCGACCACUUCAGUGCCUCAGAGAGCAGCUCCCAGGGAGGGUUCAAAACCAAGGGACCCAUGCACACCAGACAGCAGGGAACAUUAACUCGUGCCCGAACUGAACUGAACCCUGAAUAUCUGGACCUUCGUCCGCGAGCAGAGCUGAAUCCUGAAUAUUGGACCCCUUGCACCCCUUUAUCACAGCGGCGCGUCACGUUUCACCUGCCGGAUGGCUCUCAGGAGAGCUGCAGUGACAGCGGUCUGGGGGACCACGAGCCUGUAGGCAGUGGCUCUCUCCUCACACAACCUCUCCCUCUGGUGCAGGCGCAGGACGACUUCUACGAGCAGGCCUCCCCUGAUAAGAGGACUGAAGCUGACGGCAACUCUGACCCUAACUCUGAUGGCCCCCUGGGACCACGUGGCCUCGUGGAAGCUACAGAGAUGUGCACACAGGAGUGCCUUGUCCUGGGACAUUCGGACAACUGUUGGAUGCCUCCCACUUUAGGAACAUAUCAGCAGCCCAAGUCGCCCAUGUCCAGCUAUGGGUCUCAGCGGGAAUGGGGUCCAAAGGACAAACUUCUUAAUGGACAUACUCUGUCCAGAACCUGGAAAAAUGAGACCGGACGGUCGGAGCAUUUUGGCGACAGGAAGCAGUUUGGCAGCGGUGAGGGACACUUCGGGAACAGUGGCAUUGCUGAUAUUCCUUUAGUAAGUCUGAAGUCCUGCCAGUCAUCCUCAUGCCCAGACAGCCCAAAGGACCAGCAGCUAUAAGAUGGACUCUGCUUCUGUUCCGUUAGGAGCCCUCACAUCCGGACAGAGUAAAGAGGUGGUGUACCUGAGCUCCAUUGUCGUACUUCUUGUCUAAUCUCUUUCCUCUUAAGUUGAUGCUUCUCUGCGGUGUAAUAGCCACAUGUACUGUGUAGGCCAGGAAAACAAAAAGUGCUUAUGCUUUGUCACUGCUCUACAGAAAAUCCUUUUUGUGUGAUCCUCUGUGGAUUUCUUCAGUGUUAAACGGCAUUUCCUGUCCACUUCCUGUACGAAAUGGACAUGAGGAGGAAGGACUUGCAUAAAACUGAAAAAAGAAGAAAAAAUGCUGGCUGACCAAUAUAUACCAAUAUUUGUGGUGUGAUUAUUAUUGAGUUGUUCUGGACUAUAUUAAUCGACACAGUCAAAGAAAAUUUACUACAUUUCAGAAAGUGUUCUGAUAACACUGUUUGUAGACACCUGUUUAUUCUGUCAUUGUCUCCGUGUUUGUAAAUAAGACUUAUUAACCACAAUCAUGUAUCUGUAAUAUCCACGGCAGGUAGAAGGGUUUGUGGCUGUUGUCAUCAUGAUGGUUCAUCUGGAUUUGGGAUUUCAACUGGAAAAUUAUUUAGAAUAUCAUACAAAAAAGCAUUUUCCUAAUUAUUUUAGAGAAUGGUUGAUUUUGAAACAACGUCACCCUGAAUUUUAAGCACUGUUGCCCAUAAGCCAUAAUAAUUUCCUUCUAGCACUGCAAAAUCAUAAAAGCAAACUUUUCUUUUUUGUUAAAAAAAGCAAAAACUAGAAAAAAGCUGUAUGAAGGAUGUCAAUGCUCAAUAUGUGCAUUAUAAAAAUGGAAAGCUCUCAAGACUCUCCACUAUAAACCAAUUUUGAAAGUGUUUAGUACAAUAGCAAUAUAUUUGUAAAUGGCUAAAUGUUUUAUCUAAGGUUGAUCUUACUACUGUAUAGAUUUUAUUCAAAUUGUGAUUUCACUGAGUGCAAUUUCUCAGUAGAACCUACAAUUUACUGACAUAUGUAUAUAAAUAUACAUAUUGUAUGUAACGUUCCCACAGAUUUAUUUCCCAUUCAUAAUUAAACACGGGUUAGGGUAACAAUUCAAUUCACUGUGCCUUCAUGAUCCUUCGUCAAAAUACCGAAUUGUGCAAAUUUCAAAUGAUAAGAACAUGUUGGCUAUAAAGUAACUCCCAUCUGAUGAUCAAAUGCCUUAUGCGUUGAAUACCUGCCCAUUUCUGAGACAUAAUCACGGCAGGUGUAUAAGUGCAAAAGUCAAUCUGAGGAAAAACACAAAGGCAUGUACAGAUUGUGGGCCAUCCAUGAAAGAUAAUUUCUUUGUGAUAAUGCUGGUCCUAAAAGACUGGUUUUUUAAGCAUGGGAGGCAAACACACCAUGGAUCAGCAUGCUACAAGAUAUACCUUAAACAGUUAAUUUUGUGUCUUAUUUUUCUUACAAUGUUUUUGGAGGGACGGACUAUUGAAGUUAAGUUGUUCUUAAGGAGUUAUUUGAUUUGUAAAGCACUUUCAUAUUUCUGUCACAAUAUUAAAAGAUGUUUAGUGGGAUGGAGUGGUUUGCUUAUCGCAGUAUGUUUGUUAGUUGUGAGGGUGUUUGACAUCGCAUACUGAAACAGUUAAUCCAUGUUACUACUAUACAGGUAUAAAGCUACUGCAAUAAAUGUUUUAAAUAUG